AUUGACUUACCGCAAUCACCGACAAAGCUGACUACAAGAAGCCUCGGACGGGUGGGAGCGAGUUGCCCGUGAGGGGAAGAGUGCCCAAGUGAGCGCUCAGCUGUUUCGUGGUGUUGAGCCUUCCGGAAUUCGUGCUAGGAGUGUAGCUGGCUGGAAUUAACGCUCUUGGAGCGCAGAAUGUGUGACAUCGAAGAAGAGGAGCUUGACCCCCGGGUGCAGAUACAACUAGAGAAAUUGAAUUCAUGUACAGACGAGAUCAACCGGUUAGAGGUCGAGCUCGACGAAGCCAAUGCACACUUCCGUCACACCUUAUCGGUGUCCACGCAGAGGCUUAACAUACUUAAAAAGAAAUUGGAUAAAGCGAUUGAAGCUGCUAGACCGUACUACGAGGCGAAGUAUCGGGCACACAGAGCUCAGCAGGAAUGUCAAAAGGCCGCAAUUCAAUACCAACGAGCGUCGGAGAUACACCAGGCGGCAACCGAGACCAUUGCGCUCGCCGAGCAACGUUUCCUCAGCAAGCAGAGCGAAUGGGCUUUCGAUACCGCAUGGCAGGAAAUGUUGAAUCAUGCCACCGAAAAGGUCACAGUAGCAAAAACUCAAAUGGUCGAAAGUCAGAGUGAGCACCGACGUCGAGCGGCUGUUUUCAAGGAGGCCGAGGAGUGUGUCAAGUGCAUGGAGGAGAAACUCAAGUCUGAGAUCAAAAAAAGUAGAACGUACUUCGAAGCUAAGGAUCGCUUCGAGCGCAGCCUUGAAGAGAUCAAAGCCAGGAUCGAGGAGAAACGUGGAAACGUGGCGCGCUCGAAAGAGCAAUACAAUGGGGCGCUCCACGCCCUCGAAAUCAUUUCGUCGGAGAUCCACGAGCGACGGAAGACUCGACUCGAGCUCGACAUCGAACGGAAAUUCCGGGAUUCGGGCUUCCAACACCUAACGCCUACAAGCAGCACUUCUGGAGAUCUCUGCGAUCAGACCAUUGGUCGACUAUUGGAGGGCUCCAUGGGGCAGCUCACCGAUGAAGGGUACUCGCAGUCGCAGUUGGGAUCGGAUUCGUAUCUGGCGAGUUUCGAUUGUUCGAUUUCGCAAUGUUCUUCGAUCGCGUCCUCUGUCUCGUCGUUACCCGAGAAACUCAAAGACAUAGAGGAAGCUUUGAGUUCAACUCCGAAGAAGUCGAAAAAGGACUUCGUUGAUGUUCCGCUCGACGACUAGUGACCUCAUUCGGGUGAUCCCUAUUUAUAUAAUAUAUAUGUGUGUCCAGGAGGGAGCCGCUCCACUCGAACGAAUCGUGAGCGAUCUUUAGAAGUUGAGACCAAGAAGGAAAGCUAUAAAACGUUUGUUAGGCUACGCAUCGAACAAUUAUCCAUACGGUUCGAGUCUCUGGAGGUAUGUGUCUCCCUACGGGAUCUCGUAGGAGUAGUGCUGUACCCGCUGAAUCGCGUCACUCGGUAGCUUGAGAUGGUUGGGAACGGUUCUCUUCCGUCUCGUGUACUUUAAGAAUAGCUCAAAUUCCAACUCAAUUGACAGGUGCUACUUUCGUUAAGGCAAAGUACCGAUGCUGUCGUUCGAGCCACCGCUUUUUCUACACAAUGAAUCGGUAGUUGUUGGUCGCUGUAUAUUUCUAUUCAACUGAACAGGUCUCUGGACCGACACUGAUCUCAAGUCCGAAUGUUGAACGAAUAAAUAUGAUUCAAAUUCUGGAAUGAACAAAA